CACCACCGCCCGCCAGGCUCUUUCCCUUUCUCUGCCCCAUAACAGUGCUGCAGGCCGGUGCUCCCGUUUCUCUCAACUCUCCUCUUUCUUUCGCGCAGGACGUUGACCGACCGACUCGACCGACCAUGGCCUCCAAAAGGUCCUCCGGCCUCGACUUCUCCGACCGCUCCGUCCCUCAUUUAGACCAGCACCCCGACCUCGCGCCCCAGUACAUGAAUGGCGGCGACGCCCCCGCCCACCUCCAGCGCAACAAAACCGAACGCAGGCGGCUCCAGGGGCUCCAGCGCUCGACGACGAACAGCAGCGUCACCGCCGCGCCCUAUCAGCCCAGCACGUUCAAGGAGAAGUUCGACGCAUGGAUGAUCAACGAGGGCGGCAAGCGCCUCUUCUUCAGUGUCUGGAUCUUCCUCCACAUCCUCGUCAUCAUCUUCGGCUUCAUGAACUACCAGCUGAAGGAUAACGGUGUGACCGCGCGAGCAACCUUUGGUAUCACUUAUCCGAUCGCCCGUACGGCUGCGCUUGUCCUGCACGUCGAUGUCGCGUUCAUCCUGCUCCCCGUAUGCCGCAACUUCAUUUCGCUGCUCCGGCGCACGCCCCUCAACCAGAUCAUCCCCUUCGACAAGAACAUCACGUUCCACAAAGCUACUGGCUGGUCGAUCUUCUGGUUUACGAACAUCCACAUCGCCGCGCACAUGGUUAACUUCACGAAGCUGGCGCUCGCAGACACCGACGCAAAGAACACCGGCCAGCGCAUCGUUGCGUUCAUCCUUGCCAACUUCGCCACGGGCCCGGGAGCCACUGGCUGGAUUAUGACCGCCGCGCUGUACACCAUGAUAUGGUUUGCGAUGGAGAAGAGGCGCCGUGCACACUUUGAGCGGUUCUGGUACUCUCACCAUCUGUUCAUCGUCUUCUUCAUUUGCUGGCAGUUGCACGGCAUGUUCUGCAUGAUCAAGCCCGACAGGCCACCGUACUGCUCAUUCAACACUAUCGGUGUCUUCUGGCGUUACUGGUUGGUUGGCGGUGUUAUCUGGAUCUACGAGCGUAUUCUCCGUGAAGUCCGCUCCCGACACCGCACCUACGUCUCGAAGGUCAUCCAGCACCCGUCCAAGGUCAUGGAAGUCCAGAUCAAGAAGGAGAAGACGAAGACUCGUGCUGGACAGUACAUCUUCCUCUGCUGCCCUGAGAUCUCGUACUUCCAGUGGCACCCUUUCACCCUCACGAGUGCUCCAGAGGAAGACUACAUUUCCGUCCAUAUCCGUGUUGUCGGCGACUUCACGUCGGCCUUCGCCAAGUCCCUGGGAUGCGACUUUGAUUCUAAGGGCGAGAAGAACAGCGAUGCGGGCGGAAAGGUCGUUCCUCCCCCUAUCAACCGUGUCUUGCCUCGCGUCAUGGUGGAUGGUCCCUUCGGUUCAGCUUCUGAGGACUUCUUGAACUACGAGACAGUCCUCCUGGUCGGCGCCGGUAUCGGUGUCACUCCUUUCGCUUCAAUCCUGAAGUCCAUCUGGUACCGGAUGAAUAACUUCAACCACUCGAAGCCGACCCGUCUCUCAAAGGUCUACUUCACCUGGGUCAUCCGUGAUUUCGGCGCGGCCGAGUGGUUCCAUUCGCUCCUGCACGCCAUCGAGGAGCAGGACACCCAGAACCGCAUCGAGAUCAACAUCUACCUCACGGCCAAGAUCAAGGACGAUGAUAUGACUAACAUCAUUGUGCAAGACGUGGGUGCGGAGAAAGAUGCCAUCACGAGUUUGAGGGCCCCGACGCACUUCGGGCGGCCGAACUGGGACAGAGUGUUCUCCUCCAUCGCGGACAAGCACCCCGAGACGGAUGUCGGUGUGUUCUUCUGCGGGCCGGCGGUGCUCUCGCGUCAACUGCACGUCAUGUCCAACAAGUACUCGAACCCCAAGGGCACCCGGUUCUUCUUCGGGAAGGAGAACUUCUAAGCCCUGGCUAUGCUGUCGCGAUGCUGCGCUCGUGCGGACUCGGAUGCGGAUUGUGGAGGUGUUGAUGCUUGCUGUAGCGUCGUUCGCUCGUUAUUGGUAUUUAUCGCUAGGGUGUACUAAUAUUAACGGCAUGGAGGUCGGAAUGUAUGUUCUUUCGGCUCGGUCGUCGACUGGAGGUCUGUGUGUCGUACCAGGAUGUUUGGCGGCGCUGGCUCGGACGUCAUAGAUAUCUGCGGUUCGGAUAGCAUUUCCGGGAAUUCUUCGCGUGUCUGUAUCACCG